GAAGUGAAGCAUGAAUUGCAUAUGAGGCGCGAAAGGUUUAAAAAUCAAUAUUGGAGAACAGUAUCAGUAAGAUAUAUGGAAAUACAGCUUAAAGAACAAUGUUGGAAAGAGGAGGGUAGACAAUUUAGCAACUACAUGGGUACUGAUGACUAUAAAAAACACAAUGACAAAAUGAGAUUUUUAGAUGGGAAAUGUAAUGAAACCUUCUAUAAACUAGUAGAA